AAUUAUUUAUAAUUUAUUUUCAGAUGAUGAAUAAAGAUUCGUCUACAACAGAUCUAGAAACUAAACAGUCUUUGCUUAGUGCAGAGAUAUUGAUGCACGAAGCUAAGAUCCAGCAGCUAACUGAUGAGAACCAAGAGCCUAUGACCCAGAGAGACGAACUGGAUCCUGCCAUGACAACAAAAAGAGCAGUACCAGACACUACUCGUGCAGACUCAGCUGGCAAAGAGGGACCAGUAGCACUGAAACUAGAAGAGGACGUGUCCAGUUUGAGAGAGAAGUGGUCAGAGUUGAAUGCUCAACUGGAAGAGAGUCAGGGAACCAUUGCAGAGCUCACAGGACGUGAGCUUGUACUAACUAGUCAAUUGGACCAGUCUUCAGCUCGUGUGGUUGUACUGGAGUCACUGCUACAGGCCCAAUCAACAAGCCUCAUGGGCCAAGAGGAACUACUGACUAAGAAUAAAUCAGCAUUGAAUAUACUGAGAGAAGAGAUUGAGGAUACUAAGAAUAGCUAUGAGAUAUCCUGCCAGGAGAUGAGAGAGCUACAGGAGAAAUUGAGGAGUGCCAUGAUGUGCAGUGUGGAAGAGUCAAGACAGCAAGUAAACCAACAUUAUGU